GCCUUUCUUCGCUCGCUGCUGCCUGGCGUGGUGCGGCGCGCACGGUCGGGGGAAGCUAGCGAGCCGCUGGAGGGACAGCACAGCAUCGCUGCGAGCCGGAGGCGGAGGCUCGGGCUGGAGCUCCCGGCGGCGGCGCUGGGCACGAAACUGCGCGGGGAGGGAGGCAGCGGCGGCAGGCGAGGUUAAGCAACAAAGCCUUCUAAACUGAUGUGAGAAAGAUGAAGAUCUCCAAAAAGUUUUUCUUUCUUGGAAACUGCAUGUUAAAGGAACAUAUUUAAACCUCAGAAAUCUUAAAUUUUGUUUACCUUUGGAACAAUCCAAGGACAAUGAAUUCAUUUUCUUUUGUUUGCCUCUUUACUUUGAACCGUGAAAUCCCAUUCACUACAUUUUGCUCAAUGGGAAAAACCUGAAUAGGGUUUUUGUCUUUUUAACUUUCUCCCAUUGAGCCAAAUUCUCAUAAAUAUGUCCAGACUACAUUUAAUGUACACCUAAGAUACAGCCUUAUUAUGUAUAUAUUGAAUCUAUAUAUUUAUUGAAUCUGAUUGAAUCUUUUUACAUGGCAGCAUCUUUCUCUGGCUGCCCGAGGUAUUCAUGACUCUUUUUACUGGAAAUUACUUUAAUCCACCUGAACUUCUUCCCUGACAACCCUAAAUGGCACAUUUCACCAGUAGUCUAAUGGUAUGAAGCAUUGCAUUCAUUGUUGCAUAGCACUGUUACCAAAUGACUUGCACAAACACUGUUCCAGGUGCCAAGGGCGGAGUUACAAUAACAAAAACUGUCAUCUUUGCAAAAGAGAAAAUAAAGUUCUGUUGCACUUGGAUAGCAAACAGAUGAACUUGCUUGCAGUUCUGGAAGUAAGGACUGAUCACAGUGAGAGCUGGACUGGACUGUUUUGUCUGAAGAAAGGAAAACUGUGCAGCUUAAUGUUUGGAUUAUUAAUAAUGAUGCUAGUGAUGGCAUCUUAUAUACUGACUGGAGCCAAACAUGGCCUCUUGCUGAUACUGCCCACGUUCCAUUAUGGAGCUUUUGCUAGCAAUUCAAACUUAAUGGACAGUGAGACUCUCUGUGAUGUAAAAGAUCAUUUACAAACAUCUAAGAUGAAUAUUUCAUAUGCCAAGGAUUAUCCAAAUAUUAAAGUAAUUAUUGACACUAUUACUGCAAAUAUUGAAUUCAUACCCAGACAUUAUCCACACUUAGAAGAUCUGAAAAAACAAGAGUUGCAUAUGUUCUCAGUAAUUCCUAACAAGUUUCUUCCAAACAGCAAGAGUCCUUGUUGGUAUGAAGAAUAUAGUGGAAAUAUGACCACAGACCCUUAUGCUACAAACUCCUAUGCACUGUAUUCCAAACGUUUUCGAGCAAUAUUUGAUUACCUCAGAAAGGUAUUUUGGAACCAUUUGUAUCAUUACAAGGACAAGCAUUAUCGGCUGCGCUGUCUCCCCCAUUUCUAUAUCAUAGGCCAGCCAAAGUGCGGAACAACAGACCUUUAUGACAGGCUCAGGUUGCAUCCUGAUGUGAGAUUCUCAGCUAUUAAGGAGCCUCACUGGUGGACAAGAAAACGUUUUGGAAUAAUUCGUCUGAGAGAUGGAUUCCAUGAUCGCUACCCAGUUGAAGACUACCUAGAUCUGUUUGACUUGUCUGCCCAUCAGAUUCAGAGUGUGCUACAAGGUGAUGCUGCAAAAGGCUAUAGCAACAAGAUGAACAACAUCAUUAUUGGAGAGGCCAGUGCUUCAACAAUGUGGGACAACAAUGCUUGGAUUUUCUUCUAUGACAACAGUACAGAUGGAAAGCCUCCAUUUUUAAUACAGGACUUUAUCCAUGCCUUCCAGCCAAAUGCAAAGCUGAUUGUGAUGCUUCGAGAUCCUGUUGAAAGACUGUAUUCAGAUUAUCUCUACUUUGCAAGUGCUAACAAAUCCGUAGAGGACUUCCAUGAAAAAGUGACUGAGUCACUACAGCUGUUUGAAAAUUGCCUGGUGGAUUAUUCCCUGAGAGCUUGUGUGUACAACAACACCCUUAAUAAUGCUAUGCCUGUACGACUUCAAGUUGGUCUAUAUGUUGUUUUUCUCAUGGACUGGCUCACAGUGUUUAAUAAAGACCAAAUGCUUGUUCUCCGUUUGGAAGAUCAUGCAUCCAACGUUAAGUAUACUAUGCACAUGGUGUUCCGGUUUUUGGAUCUAGGUGCCCUAAGUGAAAAACAAGAAGCUCUAAUUACCAAGAGUCCUGCGUCAAACACAAGAAGACCUGAGGAUCGCAAUUUAGGCCCUAUGUUACCUCUUACAAAGGAAAUCCUAGAAGAUUUUUAUCGGCCAUUCAAUGCAAAACUAGCUCAAGUUCUUUGUGAUGAAGCUUUUUUAUGGAAAAGGCCUUGAUCUGUUCAGUGCCACCGCACAAGUACAGUACUUAGAAAGGGGGGUGGGAACUGUUUUCUGGUGCAGAUUUUCUGGUGCAAGUAAUUAUAUUUUACCCACUCUAUGGUCAAGAAAGCCCAAUGCCUUCUUCCCCACAGUAAUCCUAUGAAGAAACAAGAACACAAAGCUCCAGAGUUAUGAAACUUUUUCUCUCUCCACAACACAGCAGUGUACAAAUGGUAUGAAGCAGUCUUACAUUCUCUGGUUAUGAUUACAAAGUAUAAUCUUUUAAGCAACUUCAAUGGAGCAGUCAGCACUAGCCACCUAAAAAUGCACAUUCAUUCUCAUUUUUAAAAUAUGGAUUGCAUUCUUUUGAAACUAUUCAAAAUAGCUUUUUAAUCAUUAAAAAUUAAUUGAUUUAAA